AUGGGCGUUAGCAGUAAGCAGACAGCAGACGGCACUCUGAUGGCCCCCUCGUCGUCCACUCCUAUGACUACCCUCAACGAGGAGGUCACGAUCAAUGCCAACCCCGUCGCCGCCACUCCCACUGCCACCGCACCGGCUGUGAUGGAUGCCAACGAAUGUGCUAGCUCGGGGAGCGACAGCCCUACUUCGUCGGACACGCCUCCGACCACCCCCGACACCAGCAACUCCUCUGACCUCGACGAUGACUCGCCCAAGUCCAAGGACAAGGGUAAGGCCAAGGCUGUCCCUGUCGACGACGACGACGAGACCGACAGCGCGCCCGUGUCCCCUGCGUGGUCCGAGCGUUUUGGUGACGACGACCCAUUCAUGUUGGACGACCUGGAGGCGGCCAUCAUGGAGUCACACAGGUCCGCCUUGACGGAGCCCAAGCUCGGCGAGUCCUCGCGCAACAACAGCAUCAGCACCGAUAGUUCGUCCAGCGGCAGUCCCACCACCAUUAACUCAAUCGGCAGCGGCACGCUCUCGACCUCUCCCGACCAAGCGUACGCCGAGUUCUGGCCCCGUGGCAGCGCGCAGUCUGCCGCCCGUGCCCUGGUCCGUCUUGCUGAUGCGGACUACAGCAUCCUCGAGACAGACCUGGAGGCCGACACACAGUCCUCGCCCCCUUCGCACCCCUCGCCUCAUCCGUACUCGAACGAGCCAUUCCUCUUCGCCAACCCCGGACCGCCCGAUUUGACCGACCUGUUGGCCCAGGCGCAAAGUGACAGCAUCGAGCCUUCUUCGACCGAGGCGACACGCGCUCCUUCGCCUAUGCCGUCCGAGUCGGUCUUCAACCAGCCCCCCGUCUCGGCCAUCACUGCCAGUGACGCCUUCAUACCCCUGUACGAGGACAGCUUCCCGACGACCUACGAGCCGUUCCGCCUCUCCGCCCAGCGCGCCUUUGCGUCGCGCGACGGCGGGGGAGAUGCAGAGUCGGACCUGCCGUCGCUCACGCGCUCAAGCAAUGAGACGCUGCUCACCUGGCGCGGGUCCGAGUACACUGACAGCGUCGACAGCUCGCCCAGCCUCACGUUCACCGUGCGCGAGAUGGUCGAGACGCGCGCUCCCUUCGUUGAGCGUCCGCCCAGCGUUGCCAGCGCCACCAGUGCGACUGGUCAGCUGGUCAUGCCCGAUGCACCUACGGCGACUCUUCCAACCAUGCAGCAGCUGCGCCGCCUCGACAUUGGCGAUGAUGGGCUGUCGACUCGCCACUGGGACGAGGAGCACUGGGAGCAGCGCUCGCGGAACUUCGAGUCCCCCGACCCCUUCGUCCAGGAGAACGAGGAGCCCGCUGCCUCUGAGGCUGGUGACGCCGCCACUGAGGUUUCCGCCCGGAGCACCGCCCAGGAGAUGGCUCAAGUGCCUCUCGUUCAGGCCCUGGAGGCUGCCGAGGAGCAGGACAUCGCCGACGUCAGCCUAGCUCUGGACGACAUGAACCCCUUCUCCGCCACUCCCAUCACCGCUGAGGCCGACACUGAGGCCGAGACCACCGAGUCCACUGAGAUCGCCGACGUCAGUCUCUCGCUCGACACUCCUCCCGCCGGAGCGACGGCGCCCACCGCCAUGCUCAUCGGCCGUAUCCCCGCGAUCGCGCCGGCCGAGUAUCCCGUCGUGCGUCUCCGUCGCGGCGUGCUGCCCAUCCGUCGCCAUGCGCUGCGUGUGGCCGACAUCGAGACCGCUCGUGCUAAGCGUGCCGAGCGUGCUGAGCGUGCUGCCGCCACUGCCACUGAGACCAGUGAGGCCGCUGCCUCUCCCGAGUCAGCCGAUCACACUUGUGCCGGUGAUUCUGUCUCCGCCGUCGCCAGUCUCGUCGACGGUAUCGUCGCCAGGGCUGUCGCCGCCAGUGCCUCCCUGACGCCCUGCCCUUUCCCGCCUUACUACCCCGCCCCCUCUCCUCCCCCUAUUACGCCGACGCCGCCCAACACGCCCGUCAACGACUCCGCCUCGCCCUCUGGGGGCCCGCUGCAUGCGGCACUGGGCUUGACUCUCGGCACGUUCCGCGAUGUUCGUGGCCGUGCGGCCCGGUUCUGGCGCGGCUUCCUCAACUUCCGCCUCGAGAGCGAGGGAGGCCAGCCCCCCGCCCUCGCCGUCAUUGUGCUCAUGACGCUGCUCGCGCUCUGCGUCCCCCUCAUGAGCCGCUACUUCCCCUUUGACGAGUCUAUGGCUGAGAUCUGGCGCCGCCGCUUUGGCCAUCAGUAG